AUACAUAAUACCGUCAUUUGAGAGGGUGAAGUCGUUGAUUUUGAGUUUUAUGCUAAUGAUAUCGGUUGAUCCAAAAAUAAAAAUAAAAAAAUAAAACGUAUUCACGUAUUAUGAACUUUGGUUGUUUUGUACUUGAAGCUGUCUUUUUUUCUCCUAUUGACAUUUUACAGACACUUAGAAUGACUAUGCAUUGUCUUUACAAAGAUGGACAAGGGCAUAUUGUAGGUGAGCUCAUGGAUCUUGAUAUUGACGAAGAGCUAUUCGCUAUCAAAACAAUAAGUUCUCGUACUCAGUUCCUAUUGAAUAAACCUCCCGAAAACCUCCACCUCCCUCCCUUUUUCAUCCUGCAAUGCAUCUGGUUGCAGAUGAAAGGAGCAAUGAUAUGAGCAUAAAGUGUUAUGCAGCAAGCGACGCUAUAUAGUUUACUCCGAUCGAGACGAAACUAUUUUUGAGCAAAUGCUUAAUCAUUAGGUAUUCAUGUGCAGACAGCUCUGAGGUAAGUCAAACGUUAUUACGAGGGCCCUGAAAGCAUCUUUGAGAAGAAGAAGAAAAAUAAGUCAGGUCGGUGUCGUAUUCUUGAGAAGAAACAUAAACAAUUUCUUUUACGUUGAUGGGAAUUCUUUUACUGUUGUGACUGAAGUGGCUGAAAGUUAAUUUUUCUCGUAGCACCAUUUAUGACAACCGAGUGUAAUCUAUUUACUAAGCAGGCACCAUU